CGCUACAGACCCAUAUUUCUAUAUAACUCAAUUUUCAAUUGAAUCAACUCAUUCGUUCUCAAUUCAUUGGGAGGCAAGAAUCCGGAGACUUGUUUCGUAUAAAAAAAUGAUGAGAACUUUAAUAUUUUUAAGUAUUUUCCUCCUGAGCCAUGAAGCAAGUGGUUGGGGGAUGUCCAACAGAAAUAAAUUCAAUUCGCUGAGGUUACCGAAAGAAAAUUUGAAGGAUAUUCAACAAUAUAAUAUCACGCAGGUUUUAGAUCACUUCAAUCAAACCGAUAAAAGAACUUUUAAGCAGCGUUAUUAUGUGAACAAAAACUUCGUGAAUGGAACGUCGAUAAAAACUGUUUUCCUGUUCAUUGAGGGUGAAGGAGAAGAGAACGGGUAUUUCACGCGCGUGGGAUUCAUGGCAGAAUAUGCAGCAGAAAUAAAGGCCCUUUGUUUCUCAUUGGAACACAGAUAUUAUGGAAAAAGUCUUCCUACCGAGAAUAUCACGACGAAAGAUCUGCGAUUUCUAACAAGUCGACAAGCUUUGGCAGAUUUGGCAUUUUUUGUGGAUGCGAUGAAAGUGAAGUACAAUCUUUCGCAAGAUGUCAAAUGGGUAGCAGUCGGAGGUUCUUAUGCUGGCAACUUGGCAGCUUGGCUAAGGCUAAAGUAUCCGCACUUGAUCACGGGUGCUUUGUCUGUGAGUGGGCCAUUAUUGGCUAAGUUAGAAGUUCCAGAAUACCUACAAGUGGUCGCAGAUGACCUAAAAAGAGAGAAUGCAUCUUGCUUGGAAGCAGUUCAACGGGCAUUCGAGCAGCUGAAAGUUGUCCUUUUCAAUUCAACUAGUCAGGAAGAAUUCGAUGAAUUGUUUAAGACAUGUGAUCCUGUGAAGAAUAUUGUCAAAAACCCACUAGAUAUGGAAAACUUGUUUUUCAGUAUUACGUCAUCACUAUCCUACGUAGCCCUAAACGACAAUAACCAAGCCAUGCUCAAUGCAGAUAUGACUAUUCGGUCAGUGUGUGAGAUCAUGAAUGAUGAAAAAAUUGGAUCUGAAAUGGCUCGUUUGGCCGCUGUCAAUAAGCAAGUUAUUGGCGAAGAUUGUUUGGAUUUCAGAUAUGACACUCUCGUAGAAUAUAUUCGAGAAUAUGGCAUAUCAGAUGGAGAGACGCAAUGGACUUACCAAACUUGUACUGAAUUUGGAUAUUAUCGUACUUCAAUAGAGACUUUUGGAAACGAGGUUCAUUUGGAUUACUAUAUUCAACAAUGCAUGGAUUUAUUCGGCCCAAAAUAUAAUAGGGAUUUCGUUCAAAAGGCUGUCGAAAAAACGAAUAAUUUAUAUGGGGGUUUGAACAUCAAUGUGACAAAUGUGGUUUUCGCACAUGGCGUAUCAGAUCCAUAUCAUGUUCUGGGAAUCACGAAAACAAGGAAUGUAGCCUCACCAGCUUUUCUUAUUAAAGGUGUUUCUCACGGUGCAGUCCUGUAUCGGACUUCAGAGAAAGAUCCACCAGAACUAAAGAAAGCCAGAAAAGAAAUAAAACAAAUAAUUGGUUCUUGGUUAAAACUUUAAUUGACUCUUUAAAGUAUAAUGUAUGGUACAUACAUAGUAGUCAUUUGUUUAUUAUAUUUCUGAAGAUAAGAA